AUCUUCUGUGGUUGUGCGUGUUGCUGCUUGGGGCUCGCCUGCUGGGCUUGCUUGCGCCACGCACUCUAUCUCCACGCCACUCCCUGUGCAAGAGAACGGAGCUUGGUUCCAGUGGAAGAAAGGUGAUGGAAAGAGUAGGGAGUGGCUGUGGUGAGAGUGUCACUUGGGAUCACCAGAGACGACGAGGCCACGACGACGAGGACGAGGACGAGGACGAUGAACCAAGGAUGAUGAGGGCCGAUGGCUCCUGUCCAUCAUCAUCGAGAGCCCCUUUUUUCUCAUUGAUCUCAUUCGAUUCAUCUCGUCUCGUCCGUCGUCGGUCGCCUCGGCCCCUCCACUCCACUGCCCCCACUCUCUUCCGCGCUUCCACUCUCCUCUUCUUCUGUCGCCAUCUCGAUUCAUUCCAUCCAUCCAUUCCACUUCUCUCACUCUUGCUCCUCUCUCUUUCUCUCCCUUCUCCCCUCUCCCCUCUCCCACCGCUGAGACAACCGGCGCUAACCACCGUCUUCUUUUCCGUUCGCCUUUGCCCCUCUCCUUCGCCGUCUCGUACUCGUCCCCUCCCCUUCGGCCCUCCUACUUGCCUGCUCCCGCCAAACGCCAAACGCCAAACGCCAAACGCCUAACGUCUACCGACGCCUCCCGCUGUUUCGCGCGCCCGCUCCCCCGUUUUACGCCUCGCCCUCGCCCUCGCCCUCGCUCGCUGGCCGCUCGCUGCCGGUUGUCUCACGCGCACGCUGCAUCGGACUCGUUACAACGUGCCCCGACGACGAUCAUCGAUGUGUCUCUGAACCCCUUUGGGUUGCCGG